AUGGAUGUACCUGAACAACACUUGCGCUCUUCUUGGCUUUGCAUCUCCUAUGUACGUGAGGCUAGUCUGCUUCGUGACAGCCUGGGGGCUCGUGGCUUGUGCCAACGUUUGACUGGCAUCCGUAUCAAGUGUGUACUAGAUUGGGCAUCUGUCGAGGGCGAGGGAAAGCAGGGCCGACGGACUGGAAGAGGCAAGGCGCAUAUUGAGGGCUGGAAUAUACUCAAGCGCUACGGGUAUGGAGAAGCGGAGUCUGUGACGCUCGACUGCCAGGACGUCGGCGCUGGCUCGAUGGGCGGGAGAUGGACUGGCAGCGGCCAAGGUUUUCGGCUCUUGGCUGCUCGGAAAUUGGCCUCUCCCCUACGCACCCACACUCGCCUUUGGAUCUUCAGGAACGCGAGGGCUGCGGGCCAACAAAGCCGGGGACACGAGCGGAGGCUCUGUUGUUGGCCAGGCGUGCGGCCAGGGCUGAGAAGGCGGCUAGGCGGCGGUUGCGGCAAUAGUCGUGGAGAGAUGAGCAAUUCGGAGCAAAACGAAUGCUUGUGGAGAGCGAUGCAGGUGGAGAGGCAUGGGCCAGGCGAGGAAAAAGGAGACGACGGCAAGAUGACGCACUGA